AUGGAGGGCGCGGCGCAAACCUUGCUCAGCAGGCGCCCGGCGUUGCUUAGCGUCGCCGGCCAAGUUCUUGAGCUGCGGGACGAACUGGAGGCCAUCAACGCCCUCCUCAUCAUGCAGUCCGAGGCAGAGGAUGGGGCCGUGGACCGCUUCCUCCAGGUGUGCAUGAGGCAGCUGCGCGAGGUUGCGUACAACGCGGAGGACUGCAUCGACCUCUACACACUCCGCGUCGAGUCCCGGCGGCCCAACGACGGCGUGCGCGCCUGUCUGGGACGCCUGCUCGGGACGCUCCUGUCUCGCCGCCGCCUCGCCGGCCAGAUCGGCGCCCUCCGUGCCCGCGCCGUAGCCAUCAGCGAGCGCCAGGCGCGGUUCGGCGUCAACCGAGACGCUCUGCGCCGCUGCUCCCCUCCUUUGCUGCCUGCUGCCCCCAUGCCAGUGUCAGUGUCCGCUCCAGCUAACGACGCCGCCGACCGCCGCCACCGCCGCCUGGUCAGCAUCGCGGAGCAGGCUCAUAAACUGGCUGCACGGCUCAAGGCGCCGGUUGGCGACGAGGGUGAACGCAAAGGCUGUUUUUUCCAUCGUCGGGUUCGGCGGACUUGGCAAGACGACGCUGUCCACAGAGGUGUGCCGGCUGCUGGAAGCGGAGUUCCCGUGGCAGGCGAUGGUGUCGGUGUCUCGGGCCUUCCAGCCGACCAGGGACCUCAAGCUGUUGCUCACCAACCUUCUUCGGCAGGUCGUCAAGCCCGAAACAGCUGA